AUGCCCUUGACCUUCAACGACGUCCUCCGACAUGUGCCCUCAUUCUCGAGCAUCCUCGUCAUCUCAUCGCUCUUGCGCCUCGCGCUCAUCGCGUACAGUGAAUGGCAUGACGCACGCUCGAUGGUGAAGUAUACCGAUGUGGACUACCGCGUAUUCAGUGACGCUGCUAGGUUUGUCCUCGCUCCGUCGCAAGGCAAUCGCGCAGUGGGCCCGUUAGCAGGUCAUUUCAACCUUGGAAGUCCAUACACCCGCGCGACAUAUCGCUAUACCCCACUACUCGCCAUACUACUCGCGCCCAAUGAGUGGCUGCAUCCAUCCUUCGGGAAAUUCCUCUUCGCGGCCUGCGAUAUCCUCGCGGGUGUGCUCAUGUACAACCUGCUGGUGUCGACAAUUCUCCUCCACCCCCCUCCGUCUAAACAGGGCGAGACACAGAAAGACGUGGUCAACGACGCCCAUGACAUCUCGCGCCGGGCGACCUUGCUCGUUUCGCUACAUCUCCUCAGUCCGCUCGUUUUCACCAUCUCCACACGCGGCUCGUCCGAAUCGGUUCUCUCGCUCUUCGUUCUCGCCACUCUCUACUACGCGCUGAGGAACAAGUGGACGGUCGCUGCGGUCCUCCUGGGUCUCUCGACACAUUGGAAAAUAUACCCGUUCAUCUACGGGGUGGCUUGCCUCGGAGUCAUCGGGAACACGCAAGUCACAGGAGAAGUCGGGGGAUGGAAAGGGUACGCUCGUUCUUUGGUGAACGCGCGAACGGUGAAAUUUGGCCUGGUCAGUGGAGGGACAUUUCUUGCGCUGGGGGUAGCGAUGUGGGCCAUAUGGGGCCAGCCCUUCCUCGACGAAACGUACCUUUACCAUGUCCACCGGCGGGAUCACAGGCACAAUUUCUCGCCUUACUUCUACCUCAUCUACCUCACCUAUCCUGAAGCCGAUGGGUCAUCAACACCCACUACUGCAUGGCAGGCAUUGCUACGGUCGCCUCUAACGAGCUUUGCCCCCCAAAUGAUCCUUGCCGUCGGGACAGGUCUACUCUUCGGGCGCAGGCACGAACACCUGAUCUUUGCAUGGUUCGUCCAGACUUUCGUGUUCGUCGUGUUCAACAAAGUCUGCACGUCCCAGUACUUCCUUUGGUACACUCUAUUCCUGCCACUGCUAGUGCCGACUUUAUCCAUGAACACACGCCAGGCGGUCCUCUACGGUGUUGUAUGGAUAGGCACACAGGCGCUCUGGCUUGCUGAAGCAUACAAGCUAGAGUUUCUCGCCCAGAAUGUCUUCUUCAGCGUAUGGAUCCGAGGACUCAUCUACGUCGUUGGGAACUGCUGGGUUCUUUCGGGGAUCAUGGAUGCGUACAUGCAAACUUGA